CGAUGUUGUUAAUGCAGGCACUAGAGAGCGCACGCUUCGCUCUGGAUCUCCUCAUAAUCUCACUGCAGAAGAAGAACACGGCGGGCCGCUGCUGAAACAAAAUGGCAGACGUGGUAAUGGAUUUACGGAGCAAGAGGCUUAAUAACGGGUCAGAUGAUUUAGAGAGUCCAGAGAAGAGUGGCAAUGAUAAUGAAAAUGGUUACAUGUCUGGAAAUGAUGAAGAGGAGGGUGAGGAAGAAGCAGAGGUGAAUGGAGAGAAGCAGGACAGCGGUUCCAAACAUCGCAGCAAACACAAGAAAAAGAAACACAAACACCGUAGCAAGCACAAAAAACACAGACAUGCAUCUGGGGAAGAUAAGGACCACAAACGGAAACAUAGACACAAGCAUAAGAAGCACAGGCACAAAGAGGAGCCAUGCUCCUCACCAUCUGGGGCCAUCAACAGGAGGGCUGAGGAUGGAUCUCCAUCACUGGUCAGUGCAACCCUGGAUGACAAGGCACUUCUUGAAGACCUGGAGAAACAAAGAGCACUGAUUAAAGCUGAGCUGGACAACCAGCUGAUGGAGGGGAAGGUUCAGUCAGGAAUGGGUCUGAUUCUACAAGGUUACAAUUCUGGCUCAGAAAAGGAUGAAGAGGAACAGGGGGCACGUAAUGGGGAGCAACGUCAAAGAACCAGUGGGAGCAGAACCCGCUCCCCUAGGGACCAGAGAAGCAGGGGUGUUAGAUCCAGACGGGACUCAACGGACACCAGCAAACCAAGCAGUCACUCUCUCUCUCGAGUUGGUAGGGAUGCUAAACUUGAACGAAUUACCAAAAUUGUGAAAGAGACUGUUAAGCAGUGUAGCAAGUCCAAAGAGAAAAAACGCUCCAGGAGCAGGGACAAAUCCAGGGAGCAUUUGAGGAAAUCCCAGUCCCCGUCUACAAGAAGACACUCUGCAGAGAGAAAGACAGACCAGAAGGGACGUUCUGAUCAGCGUUCUCCCCAUAUAGAUGAGAAGCGGGAACAAGUUGCACAGGGAUCAGACUCACGAGGACGCAAGAACUGGUCACGAGAUCAACAAUCUCACUCUAAAGAUGUUCGGCUAGGUCGCUCGGAGAGGGUUGGAAACUCUCCGUCCAAAGACAGAUCAUCUGGGAAAGAGAACCGGUCUCCUCAUCAACGUCGAGUUCUUAGCCCUCAAUGUCAAAGAAGUUCCUCCCCUCACCAUAGGGACCACCAGCCCAACCGGCCCCCAUCAAAUUCUGCUGACCGGAGUUCCAAAAUGAGCCACUCGCCAUCUAGAAACAAGUCACCAGUCAGCAGAGGACAAAGUCGCUCAAAUGAGCACCGGAGAGAAUCCCCCUCCAGGAAUCGUCAUCGAGUGGAUGGUGCUGGGAGAUCACGAGAAACGAGUCCAUCGCGGCGCAGAGUGAGCCGCUCACCACUCAGACGUCGGUCUUUAUCACCACGGCGACAGUAUCGCUCGUCACCCAGAAGACGAAGUAGAUCACCCCUGAGACGCAGGUCUGUUGAAAGGGACCGGUUUGGACGCUCCAGACCACGACGAUCCACCUCCAGAGAGCGUGAGAGGAGGAGGAGGAGGAGGAGAAGUCGGGAUGAAGACAAGUUCAAAGGCAGUCUGUCAGAGGGUAUGAAAGCAGACCAUGACUCCUCCUCUGAAGAAGUGAUGGAGGACUUUGAUGCUGAAGAGGAGGAUGAAGAGGCUCUGAUUGAGCAGCGACGACAACAGCGACUUGCCAUUGUCCAGAAAUAUAAAGCGGUAAAUGAGGACAGCAAUAUGGGCUCCAUGGCAUCAGAGCCUAGCAGCCCUCAGAGCAGCAUGCGUAGUCGUUCACCUUCCCCUGAUGACAUCCUGGAGCGGGUAGCAGCUGAUGUAAAGGAAUAUGAGCGGGAGAAUGUAAACACUUUUGAGGCCAACAUCAAGGCUAAGCACAACCUCAUCACUCAGGAGAAAGAAGGAGCCAACCCAAAGAAACCCUCAGCACCCGACAUGUUCACGGAGUCAGAUGACAUGUUUGCUGCAGAUUUUGAUAGUGCCAGACUGAGGGCUGCAGGUAUUGGUAAAGAUUUUAAGGAGAACCCCAAUCUCAGGGAUAACUGGACUGAUGCAGAAGGAUACUACCGUGUGAACAUCGGUGAGAUACUGGACAAGCGGUAUGAUGUGUAUGGGUACACUGGACAGGGUGUGUUCAGUAAUGUGGUCAGAGCCAGAGACACUGCCCGGGCUGGCCAGGAGGUGGCAGUCAAGAUCAUCCGAAACAAUGAGCUCAUGCAGAAGACGGGACUGAAGGAGCUUGAAUUUCUAAAGAAGCUGAAUGACGCAGAUCCCGAUGAUAAAUUUCACUGUUUGCAGCUCUUCAGACACUUUUACCACAAACAGCAUCUCUGUUUGGUGUUUGAACCUCUCAGUAUGAAUCUGCGUGAAGUGCUUAAGAAGUAUGGUAAAGACGUGGGGCUGCACAUCAAGGCAGUUCGUUCCUAUAGUCAGCAGCUCUUUUUGGCCCUCAAACUAUUGAAACGCUGCAACAUCCUUCAUGCCGACAUCAAACCAGACAACAUAUUGGUGAAUGAAUCAAAGACUAUUCUUAAACUCUGUGAUUUCGGCUCUGGAUCUCAUGUUGCUGACAAUGAAAUCACUCCCUACCUAGUCAGCAGAUUCUAUAGGGCACCUGAAAUCGUCAUUGGUAAACCAUAUGAUUACGGCAUUGAUAUGUGGUCAGUCGGCUGUACCCUGUAUGAGCUUUACACUGGAAAGAUCCUGUUCCCUGGCUCUUCCAACAACCACAUGCUGAAGCUGGCUAUGGAUCUGAAGGGCAAGAUGCCCAACAAGAUGAUCCGGAAAGGCCUGUUUAAAGACCAACAUUUUGACCAGAGCUUGAACUUCCUGUAUAUAGAGGUAGACAAAGUGACUGAAAGGGAGAAGGUAACUGUGAUGAGCACCAUUAACCCCACUAAAGACCUGCUCGCGGACAUGAUCGGUGGUCAGAGGUUACCUGAGGAUCAGAGAAAGAAGGUCAUGCAGCUUAAAGAUCUGUUGGAUGGUACUCUGAUGCUGGACCCAGCUAAACGCAUCAGCAUCAACCAAGCCCUACAGCACCCUUUCAUUCAGGAAAAGAUAUGAUACUUUCAUGCCUAACCUGUGACUAUCCAUUGUUCCAGGACUGAGCCAAUAGACUCAAGCUCAGAAUGUUUAUCAUCACAAGACUUUCAAUUUUCUAUUUUUAUUCAUGUUUUUCUAGUGAUUUUUGUUUUGCCCAGUCAUUUUAUUAUUCGGAUCUCUCAGAUUGGUCUUGUUUUUAUUGUACAGAUGAAUACAUAGUCAUUCCCUUGAGAGAGAGGCAUGUUUAGCAGUUAUCAGACUUUGUCUUAUUUAACUUCAGAAGUGACCGAAAUGUGCAAAAUGCAUCAUUUAUAUGUUAGUUUAGUGUUCAGAUGUUGAAAGGAAGAAAUGGCUGAGAAACAAGUUAUUUUUGUGAUUCUACAAUUAUAAUGCAAAUGUGUCCUUUUUGGUAACCAUUUAAACAAUUGGCUUCAAUUUAGAUUUACUUUAUAAUAGUUAAUGAUGUACAGCUGUUUAAAAUAGUGGUUUUGCUCUAGUACAUUUACCUCAAAUGAUACUGGAAAUCACACUAGAAACCUUCUUGUCCCAUUUUAUUUGUCCCACCUUAAAAGCCUGUCCUAUUAAGAAAUUUACGUGGGUCCUUAAGGUGUUAAAUCUUAGUGAAUGAUUCCAAAUUGUCACUUUUUGACGACUAAAUUGUAAAUUAACUUGGAUUUCCAAAAACUCUAAAGCUAAAGCAGGCCUGUUAGAGAUGAUGCUUAAAUUUAAAGUCCCAAAUAUUUAAAUUAUGUGGUAGGAAGAGCCACAAUGCCAACAUUGAAGCGCAAAAGAAAGUCUCUCAGACAUGCCCUGAGAGAUGGGUGAUCACUUAUUUUACAGUGUAAAUAAUUCAAUUUUCGCAGCAUAAAACAUGUUUUUCCUAACUGGGAUUGUUAUUAUUUUUUAAUAAACUUGAAAAAUUUGAUUGUGAAGGGAAAUUAAAAUGGCUACAUGAGUGUAAUCUUUUUAGUAAUAAAAGGUUUUGCUUUUUAGUAAUAAAGUGUAAAACUUUUG